GUUGAGGUCUGUGCGUCAAUUGUUCUACCAUCAUGGCCCAUCGAAGAUUUGGUGCCUUCUACGCGCGCUCCUUUGAACGACGUCCUUGGCUGACGCUUGCCGUCGCCAAUGCAUCGCUCGGUGCGCUGUCCGAUGUCUUGGCGCAGACAUUUGAGCGCUUCUCGCCCUCGCGGCCACAAUCAACGCUUGACACGCUCAAGGACAAGGUCGAAGGCAGGGAGGCACACACGCAGCGUGCCAGCCAAGGAUGGGAUGUGGCUCGCACGAGUCGCUUCUUUGCCUUUGGAGCAUUCAUGGCGCCUCUUUUGGCAGAGUGGAACCGCUUCAUCGAAUACCGCUUCCCUCUGAAACCAGCCGGCGCCGCUGCGGCGGUAGGAAAGGUCAGCCUGAGAGCGCUCGGAAAGAGGGUCGCCGUCGAUCAGAUCCUCUUCGCGCCCUUUGGGCUAGCCAUGUUCGUGGGUAGUAUGGGCCUGAUGGAGGGGCGACAUUCCUACGAGGCGCUCUCGGAAAAGUUCUCCGAUGUCUAUGUCGCUGCACUGGUCGCCAACUGGAAGCUUUGGCCUCUGGUCCAAACGAUAAAUUUUCGAUUUAUGCCACUCCGCUACCGCGUCCCUUUCACGGGCGCAGUCGGUAUCGGUUGGCAGGUCUUCCUGAGCGUUCUCAACUCUGCCAAAGGAAACACAGCCAAGUAAAGUCAUUCCAAGCAGAGCAAGGAUCGAUAAAGAAACAAAUGUAGUGUAGAAUCAUGAGUGUGUGUGUGUAUCUCUGGAAGUAUUACAAGAUUGUGUGAAGAAUUAAAGAUAAACAGAG